AUGGCCGGUCGCGAUGCCGCGGAGCCGCAAGGAGUUCAACGAGCCUAUUCUCCUCCAGGUCUGGAGGUCUCAACAAACGCGGAAGUCGAACAGGGGCUGGAGGUCUUCCACGGUGACGACGGUCUGCAGGUGGUCAAUUUUGGGCUGGACGGCAUUGGCGGGGAAUCCAAAAGCGAGGCACAGAUCAAAGAGACCGAGCGGAAACCUGCCGGGAAGAAGCUGUGGCUCAUCAUAGCAGGCGUCGUCUCGCUGCUCGUGAUUGUCGCAGCAAUCGUGGGCGGCGUUAUUGCAUCGCGACACAGACACACGUCAAGCCCUUCAGCCUCUUCAACCCCAUCGGCUUCUUCGACUCCCUCAAAACCGUCAAGCUCACCUAAUGCCGCUCACGAGCGCUCAGGCAUAGGAGUUACGGGAUGGUGGACAAGCUCCUCGAGCUUCAACAUCCGUCUCAUCUACCAGGGACAAGACGGCAAUCUACGGAUCAUGGGAUUUCACUCCGGGGAUGGCAAUUGGUCGACAUUGGCUACCCUCAAGGACACAAGCGCCAAGCAAGGCACUCCGAUAGCGGCAUCGUGCUUCAACGUUCCCGUCUUCUACUUCACCCCAGUGACGAGCAGUAAUAACUAUAUGCAAGUAGAGAUUUUCUAUCUCAACGACCAAGACGAGAUCCAGGAAUGGGUCUUCAGAGAGCAGCAAGACGUCACUUCAUCUUCAGCACAAACUCACAAUGGAAGCGGAAUCAUGUCGUCCAAAGGCUGGAAGGCGGGGGCCAACUCGAGACUCGCAUCAUAUUGGCCGAGCGUCAUCUAUCAGGAUGGCGAUAACCUUAUGCAAGAAGCUUAUUGUGCCAACUUGACCUGGAAUCAGGAGAAGGUAGGCCUCAAGUGCCAUGAAGGCUCGGCUUUUGCAGAGAUUCCAUAUAGCGUAAAUACAGCAGGGUCUGGAGGUGAGAGGAUCAUCUAUCAGCGGGACGACCAGAAGCUCCAUGUCGCGAAAAGGGCCAACUUGACCGACGAGUUGAGUACAGAUGCGCCGCCUUUCGCUGUCCCAGCUGACGCACCCAUGGGAGCAUUCACCGUUCCACGAGGUUCCAAUGCACCUCAUGGCGCCAUGAACACGUAUAUUCUCUGGCAAGGCGAUACCGGCGCUCUCCAGAUGACAUGGGAGGAUGACAGCACUGGAUGGCGAACCUCGUCAACGCCUGCAUCCCUGGGGAGUCCCGACAACGGCACAGACAUCUCUUGUCUCACGCCGACAAUCUGGUCCGUCACGUCUUUGCAGUCGGACUACGGCAUGGCUCGCUGCUACUAUCUGGUUGAUGGGCACAUACGAGAGGUGCACUAUGACGGCUCGAACUGGUCCGUGAUUGGCAACGUGCAAAUGGAUUGA